AUGGCUACUUCUGCGCGAGGCCCGCCAGGCACCGUUGCCGUGUCCAAGGAGGGCAUUCCCAACAGGACCCUCUACGUGCGCAAUCUUCCCGACAAGCUACAGAAGGAGGACCUCAAGCGGAACCUGUACAUGCUCUUCGCCACGUACGGAGUCAUUCUCGACAUCGUCGCCCUCAAGACCAUGAAGAUGCGCGGUCAGGCGCACGUCGUCUUCCGUGAUGUAGACUCGUCGACGCAGGCCAUGCGUGCUCUGCAGGGCUUUGCCUUCUUCGGCAAGGACAUGCAAAUUGCAUACGCAAAGACAAAAUCCGACACGGUAGCCAAGAUCGACGGAACCUACAAGAUGCCCGAACCUGAGCGCCAAGACGAGCCCCAGCAGGCGGCUGCACAAGCAGCAGGCUUCGGCGCGGCCCCAGAAAAGGCUGUACCGGUCAAUGCGGCGGAUGCGGCAAAGGGCCAGAAGCGGGCGCGCGAGGACGAGGACGACGAGGAGAACUCGGGCGAGGAAAUGGAAAUGGACGUGAGCGACGAGGACUCUGACUAA